UUAAAGCAUCAAGUAGUUCAUUUAAAACAAACUCAAAUGAUAUCCAAACUAUUGGGCAUUUGCCUUAUUUGUGGCCUCUUGGCAGGCACCAGCCAUGCUGAUGACGAGAAAAAGAAGCUAAAAAUUGUAUUGGAUAAAUUGGAAAAAAUCAAUGAUGCUGAGCAUAUUCUAAAAACCGAUUUGAAAUUUGAAAAGGAUGAAGCCGAUGAUCAGGUGAAGGUCAGUGGAGUUGUGGAGCAAAUGUUGGAUUUGGGUGAUGAGCACAAGAUUAUUAUCGAUAUUUCACAUUCCGCCGACAAGGAGGGUGAAUACAAAACAUUGCUGAAGACCAAAGAGAAGGGUGUCUGCGAAGUUAUGCAAAACCAAUACAAAAAUUACUUCUAUGACUCGUUAAAGAACCAUUGUAGUAAUGCCCCAGAUCCUGACAAAUGCCCGGUGGCCAUGGAGAAAUAUGUCAUAGACAAAUAUCCCUUGGAUAAUUCGAAAUUCCAAAAAUAUCUGCGUCCCGGCUUCUAUCAUGUUUUGGGCACUUUGUAUCACGACGACAAGGAAGUGUUGCAAUAUCGCAUUGAAGCCCAUACCGAAGAGGAAUAAAUUAACUAUUGUACUUAAAUUUAUUAUUGAACAAUUAUAUUUACCUGAUGCAUUAUUAAAAAAAUCCAAAACGUGCCACACUUACAAUAUA